AUGACAUCGGUCGACGAUGGGCUUAGCGCGUCGUCUACCGGGCAAGGGGGGCAGUCUAUUCGGACAGUUCCCCACGAUGCACAUCAGCCCACGCGCACUAGGUCGCGCAGGCUGAGGCUCGGUCUCAGUUUCAGUGCCAGCCUCAUUCUCAGCCUCGUCUAUCUGCCAGCCUACGAAGUCGGAGUACUUUGUACAGACUACAUAUUCGCACAAUACACCGAACCCAACGCCUUCCCGAUAAGGCCUCGAUCGCCCGUCCCAGUUGUCCGUGUGGCCGGGAUCUCCACCACCGGCGUAACCCGCGUGCCUCCGGGCUCCCAGCCCAGCUCUCCAGUACCCCCCUUUCUCGUGUUUCGUUCCCUCGCAUUCCCGGCUGUGCCUCUGCGUCUCUGCUGCUCUGCCCCUCAUUCUCUGCCGUCUCUGUCCACCUUGCUACCGCCCUGGAUCUUUUGUCUACCCCUCCUCUCACAAGUCCCGACUCCCGAGGCCGCGUCUCCUCCUCCUAAGAGUCAACAGGUCAACAGGCCACAGGUCGCAAGUCACAGGUGGAACCAGGAGCUCAGAACAUUGGCGAUGCCGAGAGUCCGGAUCGACGGUAGCAUCAACGACGGGGGCUGGAUUGCAGUGGUAUUAUUGCCGAUCCAUUCACCGUGCCCGGGCUGUCUUCCCAAGGUACCCAUUAAACUGUCCCCCAGAAGCCAAGUGGCCAUCAUUGCAUUCAAAUGCUCGUCCGUCUGGACUGGCAGGCACUUGGUCUUUUUAUCACUAUCACCUUCCCUGUUUUUGUACCCCUUCAUUCCCCUUCUCUUUCCAUUCCCAUCGCCAGAGAUCUCUUCAGCUUUCGAGAUCCUCAUUGUCAUUGUCAACGCCAAAGAAGGGUACGUUGAGGUUGUCAACCCAGCGAGUUCUUGUCUGAGCCAAGGAGAGUUGACUUAA